ACUUACAGCUUCACCUCUUCAGUCCCCAUCACUGAGACCACUUCACAUAGUACUCCCAGUUUCACCUCUUCAAUCCCCAUGACUGAGACCAUGUCACACAGCAUUCCCAGCUUCACCUGUUCAGUCGGCACCACAGACACCACCUCACACAGUACUCCCAGUUUCACCUCUUCAAUCCCCACCACUGCAACCAUCUCACACAGUAUUCCCAGCUUCACCUGUUCAAUCUUCACCACUGACACCACCUCACAAACUACUCCCAGCUUCACUUCUUCAACCACCUCACAAAGUACUCCCAACUUCACAACAUUCCCCACCACCGAAACCACCACACACAAUACUCCCAGCUUCACCUCUUCAAUACCCACCACCGAGACGACCUCACACAGUACUUGGAGCUUCACCUCUUUAAUUCCCACCACGAUGACCACCUCACACCGCACUCCCAGCUUCACCUCUUCAAUAUCCACCACUGAGACCACCUCACACAGUACUCCCAGCUUCAUCUCUUCAAUUUUCACCACAGAGACUACCUCAAACACUACUCCUAGCUUCACCUUUCCAAUCUUCACCUCCCAGAGAACCUCACACAGUAGUCCCAGCUUUACCUUUUCAAUCCACACCACCAGGACCACCUCACACAGUACUCUCAACUUCACUUCUUCAAUUCCUACCACCGAGACCACCUCAGGCAGUACUCUCAGCUUUACCUCUUCAAUCCCAACCACAGAGACCACCUUUCACACUACUUCCAGCUUCACUUCUUCAAUACCAACCACCAAGACCACCUCACACAGUACUCCAACCGUCACCUCUUCAAUCCCCACGACUAUGACCACCUCACACAGUACUCCCAGCUUCACCUCUUCUAUAGUCACCACCAAGACCAACUUACACAGUACUCCCAGUUUCACCUCCUCAAUUUUCACAGCAGAAACCACAUUACAUACUACUUCCAGCCUCAGCUCUUCAAUCCCCACCACCAAGACAACCUCACACAGCACUUCCAGCUUCACCUCUUCAAAACCCACCACAGAGACCACCCCACACACCACUCCCAGCAUCACCACUCCAAUCCUCACCACCAAG